AUGAAUAAAUGCGGUCAAACACAAAUUUUUGGACAUGCAGCCCUGAAGAACACCAUGAUAGCUUCAGUGCCGUCGAAGCGUGCACGACCCGAGCGCCACAAGGAAAGUCGCAAACGAGCGCCAGAGAAGGCGCCGCUGCCGAAGGAUGGCGACGAGAAGGCUAGAGGUCGAAAGACCGAGCCUCCACCUUCUGCCAAGCCGCAAGAAGAUGUAAUGUACCCUUCUGUCGGGCUGUUGGCACGAUCUAGUACAUGCGUCAACACAUCUAUGUCUUCCGAUCACCUUAGCGAAGAAUCCUCCGCGACACAAGACGCGACUACAGGAGCCGUGAGAAUCACUUCCAGUAGAGUGGCACCCACCACAGGUUCGAGCACACCGAUCCUCCCUGCUCGGCAGCCAGUGCAGAACAUACAAAUGCCUACGGAAGUUGUGGGCGCAGUGACAGCCAAUAUCCAGGCCUGGCACGUCAAUCAAGCUAUUACGAAUCAAUUACCGCUUCCUGUACGCCGCAUGACCAUAGAUUUCGCCCUUCUUCGUGCAACCCUGGCCUUCGGUCACAAGCAAGUCACCUCGAACAUACAACGCUCUCCACCUACGGAGCUAUCUAACUCAAUCAGGCCUACAUUACUGUCACCUUCAGCCAGGGGACGACAGCUACGAAGAGGACCGUCUUUGGGAACACGGCCUCCCUCAGCUCCACCCGAUCCUAGUCUCAAGAGUCCAGAAGUACAAGAAUACUCGGGCAACGCGCCCAACUACUACGCUCAUUUCACUGACUACGGACCGUAUGGCACUAGUAACGUGUCGUCCGCUUACUCCUCGCAGCAAGCAGGGCUCUCUAUUCCUAGCAGCUUCGAGAAGGAUGAGGAGGAGCCUCCAGCAGAACCUCCAGCUGGCAGUAACAAGCGUAAGCGGACAAGCGAGCCGGCCUAG